AUGAUUGAAGAAUGGAACCCGUCAUGGAGUUAUGAAAGCUAUUAUAAUGAAUGUCAACCGAUAGAGUGUACUUAUAUUCAUGAGACAAAGAAUGGUAUAGUUUAUAUUAUUACAGCAUUAUUUGGACUCGUUGGUGGUUUAAUCACUGUUUUGAAAAUUGUGGUACCAAGACUAGUGAAAUUUCUAAGAAGAAAAAAACAAUUGAAAACAUCAGAAAAUAGUAUCGAAAUAAAUGAACAGAGUGUCAGUUUGGUUCAGAAAGCACAAAACUACCUUAUGACAUUAAAUUUGUUUCAAUCUGUUCCACCAUCAGUCAAUGAACAUCAUCUAAAAAAUGAACGAAUUUCAACAAGAUUAUCUAUUCUUCUAUUAGCUCUAUCAUUAAUAAUUCUUCUCUUAUAUAAUUCACUCAUUAUUGUUAUCAAAACAGACAACCUUGCGAAACCUACUUUCGAACAAUAUAAAAAAUUAUAUUCAAAAUACUUCACAACACUCACAUGUCCAUGUAACAACAGCAUAAUUAGUUACGAAACAAUUCUUAAUAUUAACUACACGUUACAUCAGGCAUGCACUAGUACAUUUGUGAUUCAACAAUGGAUUAAUUAUCACAUUUAUUCUAACACAUCAAAUGUCGUGAAUUCGGAUGACUUUCGAAGCUCAGGUAAAUUUGCAUUUCAGGCACUGAACUCAUCAUGUGAAUUGGUCAAUCGAACAAUCGUAGACAACUUAUCUCAAUUCUUAUCAAAUCAGUAUGUUAGUACAACUGUUACACCUGAGAACUUAUUUCAAUCACAAAUUCAAACAUCUGUUCGCCAAUUCAAUUCAUCCAUCAUCAAUAAUUUCGUUCGUUUGCUUGAUCUAAUAAAAAAUACAACUCAAAUCAAUGGCUUACACUCUGCACUAAUGACAAAUUAUGAUCUUGAAAUACCAUCCAACAGUAUUCGGGGAUAUUAUACAUCAAGAAAUUACACUAAAUGUCGCUGCCAUACUUCGCCAACAUGUAUGGAACCGUUUUCUAUUUACAAUUCAGCUAAAGAAGUCUUGUUUCGUAUACCUGGAUUAUAUCGUGGAUGCUAUAUUAUUGAGGCACUUCUUCAAUCGUCUCUUGAAUGCUUUUAUGAUCAAAUAUGUAUAAAUAAUCUUCGAUUAUAUUUAAAUAUUUCUUCAACAAUGAAUAUGACAGCUCUUGAUUCAUCAUCAAAAACUAGAUACUCUGUCAAAUCAACAAUAAAAGAACUGCUUGAUCAGCUAAUGAUUGAAGAAUGGAAUCCAUCAUGGAGCUACGAAAACUACUAUAAUGAAUGUCAACCGAUAGAGUGUACUUAUAUUCAUGAGACGAAGAAUGGUAUAGUUUAUAUUAUUACAGCAUUAUUUGGACUCGUUGGUGGUUUAAUCACUGUUUUGAAAAUUGUGGUACCAUUGCUUGUGAAAUUUCUAAGAAGAAAAAAAGAAUUGGAAACAUCAGAAAAUAGUAAGAGAAAUUUGAGUAUCGGUGAUCAUCAUAGAGGAAUGCGGGUGAAAAUGUGA